GCUGCAGGAUGGCGACCGGAGCAUCUGAGUAAUAACUCUUCAAGUCUACAAUUAAAAAUGGCCUCUAACAAGACUACAUCGCAAAAAAUGGGAAAGAAACAGAAUGGAAAGAGUAAAAAAGUUGAAGAAGCAGAUCCUGAAGAAUUUGUUGCAGAAAAUGUACUGGACCCACUUGUAGUGAAUGGGAAGGUAGACUAUUUCCUGAAAUGGAAGGGAUUUACAGAUGCUAAUAAUACUUGGGAACCUGAAGAAAACUUAGAUUGUCCCGAAUUAAUUGAAGCAUUUCUUAAUUCUCAAAAAGCUGGUAAAGAAAAGGAUAGUACAAAAAGAAAAUCUUUAUCGGACAGUGAAUCUGAUGAUAGCAAAUCAAAGAAGAAAAGAGAUGCUGCUGAUAAACCAAGGGGGUUUGCUAGGAGUCUGGAUCCUAAAAGAAUAAUUGGUGCCACAGACAGCAGUGGAGAAUUGAUGUUUCUUAUGAAAUGGAAAGAUUCAGAUGAAGCUGACUUGGUGCUGGCAAAAGAGGCGAAUAUGAAGUGUCCUCAGAUUGUGAUUGCUAUCUAUGAAGAGAGACUAACUUGGCAUUCUUGUCCAGAAGAUGAAGCUCAAUAAUUUUUUGCAUUGCUUUUUAUAUAUAUUUAUACAUAUAUAUAAAAUCAGAGUCUUGGUUUUUGAAUUAAUGGUGUGAAACAAUAACUGCAUUCUAAUGAAAAUCAAGUAUGACAUGUUGGUUUUGAAAGUAGU